AUAAAGUAGAAUCCAUUCUAAAUUUCAAAUAGAGGGAGUUGGCAAUCCGAUUUGAAAUCCAACCUUCCAAAUGAGUGCUGUAAUAUAUCGUUAUGGAAACAAAACACUCCGAAAUAUAUCCUGAGUUGACAGUCCGAUUUCAAAUUCAACAUCCCACACUACUCGAAGAGCCAAACUUGCAAAACCAAAAAAGAAAGUCUCAUGGAGGCGACUCAGUAGAGAAGCUACAAUCAAAUUACUCGGACUAUUAGAUUCUCCGCGCCACGAAAUGCGUAUCCAAGAUUACAAGAGCAUGUACAGUUGCACUGUCAAUAGCGAAGUUGAUUCCGAAUAUAUAACGGACAUGAGCACUUCGAUUAGGGCUGUAGAAGAUCUUCUCAACUACAGAUUCAAGAACAAGAAGCUGUUAGAGGAAGCUUUGACUCACUCUUCUUACACCGAUUCCCCCUCUUAUCAGCGACUGGAGUUUGUCGGUGAUGCUGCUUUGGGUCUUGCUAUUUCCAAUUUUGUUUUUCUAAGUUACCCUGAUCUUGAUCCGGGUCAACUAUCUCUAAUCCGUGCCGCCAACAUCAGCACGGAAAAGUUGGCCCGAGUCGCCGUCCAACACAGACUCUAUCGAUAUGUCCGCCACAACGCAGCGGCUCUGGAUGAAAAGGUUAGGGAUUUUGUGGUAGCGGUGGAAGAAGAAGACGAUGCAGUAGUGUAUGGGGGAUCGAUGAAAGCACCUAAAGUCUUAGCUGACAUUGUUGAGUCUGUGGCUGCUGCGGUUUAUGUUGAUUGUGAAUUUGAUUUGAAAGCUCUUUGGGUGAUCAUUAGAGGGCUAUUGGAGCCCAUUGUUACACCUGACCAAUUGCAACAAGAACCACAGCCGGUAACCAUGCUUUUCGAGCUGUGCCAAAAAGAUGGCAAGCAAGUAGAUAUAAAACAUUGGAGGAAAGGGGAGAAGAACAUUGCUAGCGUUUAUGUGGAUGGAAAAUUUGUUGCCUCCGGUUCUUCUGAGCAAAAGGAAAACGCAAAGCUUCAUGCAGCAAGGGCUGCUUUGGGCAAACUGUCACAUUUAAAAGUCAAUGACAAAAUGAGUUUCGACUUCUGUACCGAAUUCAAUGGAACUAAUGAGAUUGAAGGAGCAAAACAGAAAGUACAUGAGCUUUGUGGAAAGAAGAAAUGGACCAAACCAAGUUAUAGAAUCGAGAAAGAGGUGGGUCCUGCCCAUGAGAGGAGAUUUGUAUGUUCAAUUCAGAUUGAAACUGCAGAUGGUGUGUUUCAUAUGGUAGGAGAUGAGAAGUCCAGAGUAAGAGACGCUGAGAACUCUGCUGCUUCCCUCAUGAUUCUUGCCUUACAAGAGUCCAAGUAUAUCUGAUGCUCCUCUCUGUUGAUACGAGUCUAAAAUAUGGAGAUCUGGGAUUGUAAGACCGGGUAGAUGCAGGGAAUGUUAGAACUUUUCCUGCUUUUAGCUGUGUAAUUAUUAGUAGAUUUUAGCUUUUAAAUCCAGAUGAGCUCUGUAGUGCUGCAAGUUGACGAGAAGUUAGGGCUGGAAGGGGGUGGUGAUGGCUCGGCCUGUUAGAAUCACCUAGUUGAUCUGUGCUCUUAUGUGCAACAUGCAUCUCCCUUUUCCCAUUUUUUUCUGCCCCAAGUUGAACGUGAUAGAGCUCUAGGUAAUUACCUAAUCCUUUCAGGCUAACUUAAUAGAACCAUUUACCUUACAAUUAUCUUUUUCAUGAUCAAUUCUCUCUCACUAUUGAUGGUUGAUCUUGUUGGAAUGGAAAAAAGACAACUAUGGUUUCUAACAACUAUCCAGUAACAACCAUCCCUUACUCCAUCUGCUUCUUUUGAUAUUCAGUGGAAAUUCAGUCCUCAUGGUUCCUAUUGUAAUGCAUGACUACUUAACAGGGGAUCACUGUAAAUACUAGCUUGGCUCAUUAUUGCCGAGGUAAUGGUCUACUUCUUCACCUCCACCGUGCAAUGUAUGCAGUUUUUGUUUUUGAUA